AUGAACGCAGUCGAUGGUUCAGAUCACUACAACAAGACCUCCGACGAGCCCCCUCCAUCCCUGCUGACCAUUAUUCUCGACACGAACGCCCACGCCUGGGCCCUCCUCGCCCCCACCCUCCCACUCUCCGCCGCCAUCGCCAACCUCCUGGUCUUCAUCAACGCCCACCUCGCCUUCAACAACAGCAACAAAGUAGCAAUCAUAGCCUCGCACACACAGCGCGCCGAGUUUCUAUAUCCAAUACCAUCAGAAGAUGACUCCAGACAAGCGAACGGAUCUACCCACAAUGGCGCACAGAACGGCUUGGACGGCGACAUGAACAUGACAGACGGCAAUGAAGCCAACUAUGCAGCUACAGCGGACGACGCAAACCACUACCGCCCCUUCCGGCACAUUCAAACAACCCUCCUCUCCGCCAUGUCCAAGCUCUACAAAACCACCUCCCCCGAAUCCCUCACCCCCACGACCUCCAUAGCCGGCGCGCUCACCCUGGCCCUAACCUACAUAAACAAACAGUCCAUCGCCUUCUCCACAACCACAUCCUCAAAAACCAACGCCGAUCCGCUCCUCGCGCCCUCUGACCCAAAUUCAAUCCAGCCGGCAACGUUGAACCCGCGAAUCCUCAUCCUCUCCGUCUCCGGCGACCUCGCGCACCAAUACAUCCCGAUCAUGAACACGAUCUUCGCUUGCCAACGCCUCACCAUCCCCAUCGACAUCUGCAAAAUAGCCGGCGACUCCGUAUUCCUCCAACAAGCCUCCGACGCCACCCACGGCACCUACAUCGCCCUCACGCACCCGCGGGGGCUGCUUCAGUAUCUCAUGCUCGGCUUCCUGCCUGAUCAGAGCAGCCGAAAAUAUCUGGUACCACCAACGGCCGUAGGAGUGGAUUUCCGCGCGGCGUGUUUCUGCCAUAGGAAGGUGGUGGAUGUGGGGUUUGUUUGUAGCAUUUGUUUGAGCAUUUUUUGUUCACCGCCAGAAGGAGCUGUGUGUCUGACUUGUGGGACGUAUUUGCAGCUAGGGGAGUAUGGAGGCAAACCGGCUGUUGUGGCGAAGAGGAAGAAGAAGCGGAAGAAGGGGGCGGAUGAGUAA